GGGAAUCGUGUAAUUAUUCGGAACGCACACCCUGCGAUCGCGGCACAACCGAUAAUUUCAGGAGGCCUCUUUUCCGAAAUUUCAAACAAAAAGAAUGGGUUCGAUAGACACACCGACGAAAGCAGAGAACGGCUUAGCCCCAACCCUAAACGGCGACCAACACCUGCCCGGCGGUGACGGACCUCUGACUCCGCCUCCAGAUUCCGGCAGAUCUCAGCCAGAAAAUGACACUUCUAGAAAGAGACGAUCGAGUAUGCUUCCUCUCGAGGUUGGUACUCGCGUCAUGUGCCGUUGGAGGGACUCGAAGUAUCACCCGGUCAAGGUCAUCGAACGGCGGAAAAUGCAGAUCGGAGGGCCCAACGAUUACGAGUACUACGUUCACUACACCGAAUUCAAUAGGAGGCUUGAUGAGUGGGUUAAACUUGAACAACUUGACCUUAAUUCAGUUGAGACUGUUGUGGAUGAAAAGGUGGAGGACAAGGUAACAAGCUUGAAAAUGACGCGCCACCAGAAACGCAAGAUUGACGAGACACAUGUAGAGGGCCAUGAGGAACUUGAUGCUGCCAGCUUGCGCGAACAUGAAGAAUUCACGAAAGUUAAAAAUAUAGCAACUAUAGAACUUGGAAGAUACGAGAUUGAGACAUGGUACUUCUCCCCCUUUCCACCAGAAUACAAUGACUGUUUGAAGCUGUACUUCUGUGAGUUUUGCCUCAAUUUCAUGAAACGCAAAGAACAGCUUCAGAGGCAUAUGAAGAAAUGUGACCUCAAGCAUCCCCCUGGCGAUGAAAUAUAUCGAAGCGGUACCUUGUCAAUGUUUGAGGUUGAUGGAAAAAAGAACAAGGUUUAUGGACAAAACCUUUGCUAUCUGGCGAAAUUGUUCCUUGAUCACAAGACCCUCUAUUAUGACGUUGACCUGUUUCUCUUUUAUGUGCUGUGUGAAUGUGAUGAUCGAGGAUGCCACAUGGUUGGCUACUUUUCGAAGGAAAAGCAUUCAGAGGAGUCCUAUAAUUUAGCCUGCAUUCUCACUCUUCCGCCCUAUCAGAGGAAAGGCUAUGGGAAGUUCUUAAUUGCAUUUUCCUAUGAACUGUCCAAGAAAGAAAAUAAGGUUGGCACACCUGAAAGACCCCUUUCAGAUCUAGGGCUGUUAAGCUACAGAGGAUACUGGACACGAGUUCUUUUAGAUAUUUUGAAAAAGCACAAGGGAAAUAUCUCUAUCAAGGAGCUUAGUGACAUGACAGCCAUUAAGGCAGAGGAUAUUUUGAACACCCUUCAGAGCUUAGAAUUGAUUCAAUACCGGAAAGGGCAGCAUGUCAUUUGUGCAGAUCCCAAGGUCUUGGAUCGUCAUCUGAAAGCCGCAGGUCGUGGUGGUCUUGAGGUUGAUGUUAGCAAACUAAUAUGGACUCCUUAUAAAGAACAAGGUUGAUGGUUACCAUCUAGAUCGUGGCGGACUUGAUCUUGAUGUUGUCUUUGCUGUCUAGCUUGACCUGUGGCGGUCUUGAGGUUGAAGUUGUCUUUGCUAUGUAGCUUGACCUGUGACUCGUCUGUAUAAAUAAAAAAUUUAGGGUAUGAAACCAGUAGAAUAUUAGAUCUCUCAACCAUUUGUUCUUGAAUGUCUUGGUGUACAAGUCAUUUUUGUAAAUUUAUUAACAAAAAGCUGAUCCAUAUAUAGCUGGUUGUAAUGAGGAAAUGUAUGAUACGAUGCUGGACCCAGUGUACUACUUGCUUACUGAAUAUUUUUUUUUUUUUUUUUU